CAUCCCUAUAAUGUGUAAUGGCGGCUGCGCGCGUCGAAGUGUUAUUUUUUUGUGAAAGAAUUCCAAUAAUCAAUAGGUAUCUAGCCAGCAGCGGUUCGCUGAAUAAAAAUUGAAGACUUGUAUAAAAUACAAUGUGAUAUGAGACAGUGGUUAUUUUUUUUGUAUAUAGUGUAGUUAUAAACAAACGGUAAACAUAAUGCAUCGGCGCGGCGGGAAACGUAUCCGGAUGGAUGAUCCUCCACCGGAGUACGCGAACCCCAUGACGCCGGCGACUCCCAUGACAGACUACGGAGGGCAGUCCGUGCACGAGCCGGAGACCCCUAACCCUAACUACUCUGGGUUCAACAUUGGCGCUGUUGCCAACUCGACGGCCGCUGAGGCGCCAAGAGAAGACCCCGACGAGUCUCACCACGAAGAGGAGGACCCGCGAUCUCCCUCUCCAGCGCCAACGAAACGCAUAACUCGUAGCCGAGGCCGCGGCGGCGACGGCGGCUAUGUGGGUCGGCUGGCGGAGUCCCCGCCGCCGCCGCCUCUGCGCCGGCGCGGGAGGGGCGGUCGUGGCCGCGGCCGCGGUCGAGGCGCCGCGCCUCCACCUGCCUACUCGCCGCCGCCGGUGCUGCUGCCGGGAGACGAUGAAAACAGCCUUUAUAAUAUCCUACGCUUCAACAAGACUGCAAUUAAUCAAGUAGUAGACAUGUGGAUAGAGCAAUACAAGACCAACCGUGAGGGUGCACUGGUACAGCUGAUGCAGUUCUUCAUCAAUUCGUCCGGGUGUCGCGGCAAGGUUACUCCUGACAUGGCACAGAUGGAUCACACACUCAUUAUCAAGAAAAUGACACAGGAGUUUGAUGAGGAAAGUGGAGAGUAUCCACUUAUUAUGACUGGGCAAACUUGGAAGAAGUUCCGCUCCAACUUUUGUGAGUUCAUCCAGACUCUGGUGAAGAUGUGCCAAUACUCCAUUAUCUAUGACCAGUACCUGAUGGACAACAUCAUAUCUCUGCUCACUGGACUAUCUGACUCUCAAGUGCGAGCCUUCAGACACACUGCUACGCUUGCUGUAAUGAAGCUGAUGACAGCACUGGUAGAUGUGGCUCUCCUGACGAGUGUGAACUGUGACAACUGCCUGCGUCAAUAUGAGGCGGAGCGGUUGAAGGCGCGCGACAAGCGAGCUUCUGACCGCCUAGAGGUGCUGGUGGCCAAGAGACAGGAGCUCGAGGAGAACAUGGAGGAAAUCAAGAACAUGCUUUCAUAUAUGUUCAAGUCUGUCUUUGUGCACAGAUAUAGAGACACGCUGCCCGACAUCCGCGCCAUCACCAUGGCGGAGAUCGGCAUCUGGAUGGAGAAGUUCCCCGCGCACUUCCUCGACGACCUGUACCUCAAGUACAUUGGCUGGACACUGCACGACAAGGUGGGCGAGGUGCGCCUGCGCUGCCUGCAGGCGUUGCAGCCGCUGUACGCGUGCGAGGAGCUGAAGGGCAAGCUGGAGCUGUUCACGUCCAAGUUCAAGGACCGCAUCGUGUCCAUGUCGCUGGACAAGGAGACCGACGUCGCCGUGCACGCUGUCAAACUUGUCAUCGCUAUACUCAAGAUGCACCCGGACGUGCUGACGGACAAGGACUGCGAGAACGUGUACGAGCUGGUGUACUCGUCGUGGCGCGGCGUGGCGGCGGCGGCGGGCGAGUUCCUCAACGUGCGUCUGUUCCGCGCCGACCCCGCCGCCCCCGCCACCCCCGCGCGCUCCCGCCGCGGCAAGCAGCGCCUGCCCAACACGCCGCUCAUACGCGACCUCGUGCAGUUCUUCAUCGAGUCCGAGUUGCACGAGCAUGGCGCGUACUUGGUGGACUCUCUGAUCGAGUCCAACCCUAUGAUGAAGGACUGGGAGUGCAUGACGGACUUGCUCCUAGAGGAGGCGGGCCCGGGCGAGGAGGCGCUUGACAACAGACAGGAGUCGUCCCUGAUCGAGCUGAUGGUGUGCUGCGUGCGGCAGGCCAGCACGGGGGAGCCGCCCGUGGGCCGCGGCCCGGCACGCAAGCACCACCUCGUGCUCUCCAAGGAGCAGGCCAAGGUGGUGAGCGACGACCGCAUCCGCAUGACGACGCACUUCAUCGUGACGUUGCCGGCGCUGCUGGACAAGUUCGGCGCCGACCCCGAGAAACUGGCCAACCUGGUCGCCAUCCCGCAGUACUUCGACCUCGAGCUCUACACCACGCAGCGGCAGGAAGGGAACCUGACGCUGCUGCUGAACAAGAUCCGCGACGUGGUGUCGGUGCAGACGGAGGCGGAAGUGAUCGAGCAGUGCGGCCGCACGCUGGAGUACCUGUGCGAGCCGCACGGCGCCCACACGCGCUGCAGCGUGGCGCGGGCCACCAUCACCGACAUGUGCGUCAACCGGUACAAGGAGGCCAUCGACGACUACCGCAGCCUCAUCGAGGGGGGCGAGACCCCGGACGCGGACGAGGUGUUCAACGUGAUCAACUCGCUGCGCAAGGUGUCCAUCAUGUACAUGUGCCACAACCUCAACGACACCAACAUCUGGGACUCUCUCUUCGAGGACCUGCCCAAGUGUGUCAAGCAGAACGAGACGCAGAUGCCGCCGCAGGCGCUGGUGUACGUGGUCCGCGCGCUGUUCUACUCGGUGCUGUGGUCGCUGCACGAGCUGGAGGAGCGCGCGGCCGGGCCGGCGCAGGACGCCGCCGCCGCCGCGCUGCGGGAGCGGCUGCACGCCUACUGCGCCCACUGCCGGGCCAUCGUCGGCGCCGGCGUCACGCCCGACCUGCGCGAGGAGGCGUACACCAGCCUGUGCGACCUGCUGAUCUUCUUCGCGGAGCACCUGGCCACGAUCCACAACGCGGGUGUACCGGCCAUGAAGCAGCUGGUGUACGAGUGCGACUCCGACCUCGCCGACCUGCUCAACGACUUCAUACAGGAGUUCGUCUUCGUGCACCACAACUACGACGGUCAAGACGAGAGACGCAUCGAGGAGCUUCACAAGCGGCGCAACUUCCUGGCCGCGUACUGCAAGCUCAUCGUGUACAACGUGGCGCCCGUGCGCCGCGCCGCUGACGUCUUCAAACAUUAUAUCAAGUGCUACAACGACUACGGCGACAUCAUCAAGGCGACGCUGAGCAAGGCGCGCGAGAUUAACAAGCAGAGCUGCGCCAUGACGAUGCAGCUGGCCAUGCAGGCGCUGUACUGCGACUGCCGCGCCAGCCACGCCGCGCUGCACCGCCAGCUGCCCGAGCUGCAGGAGCUCAAGGAGCUGGCGAAGCGCUUCGCGGUGAUGUUCGGUCUGGACGCGGUGAAGAACCGCGAGGCGCUGACGGCGCUGCACCGCGCCGGCAUCGCGUUCGCGGCGCUGGAGGCCGCGCCGCCGCACCCCGCCCCCAACCUGCUGUUCCUCGACGCGCUCUCGGAGUUCUCCGCCAAGCUGCUGCGCCAGGACAAGCGACACGUGCUCAAGUUCCUGGAGAGCAGGCUGCCGAUGUCGAUGCAGUGGGGCGAGGAGUGGGCGCCGCUCAGCAACUACCGCUCGUCGCUGCUGACGGACGCGCCCGACGAGCGCGCGCAGCCCACGCCCGCACGCAAGCACUACGCGCGCCGCACACGAGGUCACAACGAGGAAGACGAGGCGGACGACAACGCGGACUCUGACGCCGACCAGCCCGGGUGAGCUGCAACACAACACUAACAUAGCAUAGUGUACUUGAUACGACAUUAUACGUGUACCGCCUGACUGAGUUGAUGGGGGGCGACGCUGUGCCGCGAGGGGGUACCUACUUGUUUCCCCCCAUUGGAUAUAUAUAGGUACCGUAGAUAAAGCGUGUGAUACAAAAUUGCGACAAAACCUCGAGGGUAACUUAGCUAUACAUUCAUACGCAGCGGUAUAUACUUUCGACAAAAAAUAUAUAGGUUAUAAUCCACAUGUUGCCAGUCGUUAAUCGCGUACUACGGAACGUCAGAGCAUGGAUCGCUAUUUCUGCUCCAACUUUUCGUCCCACUUUUUGAGCGCUCAUGGUCAAUCUACGGUACUUAUAUAUCAAUGUUUCAACGACAUAACUGUACAACAUCGUAUGAAAUCAUAAUCAUUGUUAUUUUGUUCAUGAAACUUAAAUGUUUUUGAGAUAUAGGCUUGGUUCAAUCAAGUGGGAAGUGGGUUCAAACAAUCAAGUGGGACGUCAGUUUAUUGGCUAGUGGAACAAUUGUAACAGCUGCUUUCCUUAAAAUAACGUUCACGUUCGAAGCAACACCUCCCGCACUGUCUCGCUACUCUAUCAUCGACCUACUCGAGUGGUACACGUAUAUAAUAUUGUUCUAAGGAAAUGAAGUUUAUACAGUUUUAUAUCUCAUUCCACAAGGUAGACUAUCAAAUCAUGGCCUUACUAUUUAUAUAAUUAUAUCUGUUUAUUUAAUGAAAUCUUAUAACAAUUUGUAACACUUAAAAAUUGAUUUUGUAAUUUUAAGUACUUGAUUUAUCACUAUGUUUUAUUAUUGUAUUAUAAAUUGGAUUAUGUAGUUAGUGUAGAAUAAUUAUAAUAAAUUGAAUCAUUCAUGUAUUGUUUCCGUAUUUGAUGAUUGUGAAUGUAGUUAGUAAGGUGAUAUAUUUUUAUAUUAAACGACGU